ACGUCGUCCAUAGGCAACGGCGAUACGUCGCCAAUGCAGCCCCGCGCUGUUUGAGGGCUUGUAACAAUGGCCGCCCUAGCAACGGCAGCGCUAGCGACGGUAACCAGGAGCAACCAGGUAAAUUCUCCCCAUCACCCUCAAGCUAUAUCGAGCUUCGUCUUUGUGGGCUUCUGAGUGAGGUUCUGCUUGUGGCCGCGGGAGGAAAGGCGGAGACCGAGGGUUACACGGGACUUCGCUGGUUUCCUACACGUGUCUGAAAACUACCACCGUUGCUCCCUAUGCCGUCAGAGCCUCCAUUAACGCGUCUAUUCUUCCCGCAAAUAAAGGGAUCCGGUACCGUCAGGACCGGCUCCGCCAUGGCGCAGCGGGGAUCGGGACCCUUGGAAGGCGGCGGAUCCGCAACCGCCCAGCUUAUGGGCCUUGUUCGCAGGAACUAUUAUGUGCGUGAAAGUUCUGGUGUGCUCUGAGUUUGCCCCCAAAUGCCACAGUAAAGGAAUGAAUCUUGCUCUGUAGGGAUCUUGGAGAUACAUACAGUGGUACCUCAGGAUAAGUACUUAAUUUGUUCCGGAGGUCCGUUCUUAACCUGAAACUGUUCUUAACCUGAAGCACCACUUUAGCUAAUGGGGCCUCCCGCUGCUGCCGCAGCACAAUUUCUGUUCUCAUCCUGAAGCAAAAUUCUUAACCCGAGGUACUAUUUCUGGGUUAGCAGAGUAUGUAACCUGAAGCGUAUGUAACCCGAGGUACCACUGUAUUGCAAUGAGAUAUUGCGUUAGAAUGUUUUAAUGUGACGUUUAAAUUCCUUUAUUUGAUUUGCCAUUACAGUGGUACCUCGGGUUACAUACGCUUCAGGUUACAUACACUUCAGGUUACAAACUCCGCUAACCCAGAAAUAGUGCUUCAGGUUAAGAACUUUGCUUCAGGAUGAGAACAGAAAUCUUGUGGCGGCAGUGGGAGACCCCAUUAGCUAAAGUGGUACCUCAGGUUAAGAACAGUUUCAGGUUAAGUACGGACCUCCAGAACGAAUUAAGUACUUAACCCGAGGUACCACUGUAGUGGUUUAAUUCAACUGACUAAGAUUCAGGUGAAAGAUGACUGAAUCAGGCAUUCAUCUUUUAUUUUUUAAGCACCCUUGGCGCUGUGGGUUAAACCACUGAGCUUAGGGCUUGCCGAUCAGAAGGUCGUCGGUUUGAAUUCCCGUCACGGGGUGAGCUUCCGUUGUUCAGUCCCUUCUCCUGCCAACCUAGCAGUUCGAAAGCAUGUCAAAGUGCAAGUAGAUAAAUAGGUACCGCUCAGGCGGGAAGGUAAAGGGCGUUUCCGUGUGCUGCUCUGGUUCGCCAGAAGCGGCUUAGUCAUGCUGGCCACAUGACCCGGAAGCUGUACGCCAGCUCCCUCGGCCAAUAAAGCGAGAUGAGCGCCGCAACCCCAGAGUCGGCCACGACUGGACCUAAUGGUUAGGGUCCCUUUACCUGUACCUUAAGAUUCAGGUGAAAGAUGACUGAAUCAGGCAUUCAGCUUUUAUUUUUUGAGCACUCUUUAAAUAAUAAUAAAAAAACCCCACAGUUUUUCUGCAGUGGUUAAGAGCGGUAGUCUCAUAAUCUGGGGAACCGGGUUUGCGUCUCCGCUCCUCCACAUGCAGCUGCUGGGGGACCUUGGGCCAGUCACACUUCUUUGAAGUCUCUCAGCCUCACUCACCUCACAGAGUGUUUGUUGUAGGGGAGGAAGGGAAAGGAGAUUGUUAGCCGCUUUGAGUCUCCUUUGGGUAGUGAUAAAGCGGGAUAUCAAAUCCAAACUCUUCUCCUCCUCCUCCUCAUGUUUUGGGUAAAAUCACGGUUCUUUCAGUAAUUCAUUUGCUUUUCAACAAAAUUUCAGAACUGCAAGAUGAAAGCUGAUCAGCCUAAGAAAGCUGAAUUUCUAAGAGAAGGGGACAAACUAAAUAAAGAGUAAGUGUAUAUCUUUUAUUGUUGUAGGAAACAUAGUUUAAAAUUACAAAGAAACAGUUCUUUUUGUCAGAAAUUAUAACAGGAUAGUGACUUGGAACUCAUAUAGUUCAAUAUUCUUGGUUAUAAUAGAUGGUUAUAAUAACCUUUAAAGGAAGUAUAAUCUUUGUUCAGCUUUAAAAAGCAGACUUUUGGAUCAUUUUGUUGACCCCACCCAUAGAGUUCAUAUAUUACAAACAUGUGCAGCCCAAUCCUAAGCAUGUUUACCCAGAAAUAAGCCCUACUGUAUAACACACUAGUAAAUGUGCGUAGGAUUGUAGCUAUUAGCAAAGCCCAAUCAAAUAAGAAAAAAAUCUUAAAUCAUAACAUUUCCACUCAGUAUGAUUAGUUUAAAAGGAGCAAUAUUUCUCCUUUAUUAUGUGACUGCUGAAUUUUAUGUUACAAUAGACUUGUCCCUAAGAUAACCAUUAUGAAAUUUGAUUUGUAGUAAGGCUUUGAUCAACAUCCAAUUUAUUAUUAAUUAGCAUUCCUAAAGACAUAAGAGGACUACAUUGGAGAGUAUUGCCUUUGUGGUACUUACAUGUUUUAUGCAGCAGGGCAUUUGGCUUGAGUGGCAUUUUAAUCAGGAAAAAGUGGCAGGAUAUGUGUAUACAAUGCAGAUCUCUUGGUCAUGCCUAGUUUGCCUUAAAUGAGGUGUGUUUUUAUGGAAAUUAUAAUUUUAUAUUUUUCUGAAAGUGAUGUGGUUUAAUACUAUUUAUUGAUUCAUUUUUUACUUAUUACUAGAAUAAUUUACAGGUUCAAACUAUAGACUAAUUAAAAUUAUUUAUUGUAUUUGCUUUGCUUGGGUGAAUGCAUUUUAACUGAAAAAUAUGAGUAGUGUAUUUCUUUGUAUUGCAUGGAGACCUAACUGGUCAAAACUAUUUUUGAUUUAAUUGGUACCAAUGUAUAUUCUGUUAUUUGUCAAACAUGCAUUUUAAACCAAACUUUUUUUUUUUUUUAGACUUCUGAGCAUUGAAAGGGAUAAAAAUAUGCUUCUCUUCAACAAGAAGAGUGACUUCAGGAGGGAAUAUAACAUAUUGGAAGAACUGGAACAUCAACUGACUAAGAACCGGAAAGCAGAAAGUAAAAUAUUGUUUUCUUUAUAUAUACUUAUUCAUUUACCAGUUUGAUAAUAGCUGAAAGCAUUUCCUGCUACGUUUUAUGUCCCACAAACACCACAAAAGGUAAAGGUAGCUGUGUUGGCCCAUUUCUAAAAUCUGUAUUAGGGCAAUACCUUUAUUAGGCUAAAGUCUCACAAAAUAGUGUGCAAGCUUCAAAUUCUCCAGAAUGGUAAACAAAACAAUGAGCGGAGAGAGGAAAAUGCUGGGUGGUAAAGUCACGAGUUUGAAUCUUGUAGGAACCUUAAGAUGAAACUUGGGAGAGGGUAGCACGUGUGUGUGAAUAAGGCUCUGUAGUAUUGUAACUGCUCAUUUUAUCUAAAUUAUAAUGUCAGUUACAAUGAACAAAAAUGAAAAUGAUUUUUAAACUUGCAUUUUCAGUGUGUAUAAAAUAUUUUUGCCCAACUUUUUCUUUAAAGAAUAAAAUAUCUCCCCCCCUCCCCGCUUUAAAAACAGGUAUGUGCACAUGUUACAGCAUCAAAAUUCCCAAAUGCAGCCCCUUCUUAAGAUCAUUUUUGGAAGAACCGUACUUCCUAUUAGGUGCCAUGGGAGAUUUACUAGAAUCAGCAGUUGCUCCACUCACAGAUUGGGCUCUUAAGCUUCCCCUUCAAAUGUCAUCCCCCUGAAAAGCUGCCUGCCAAGACUGGGAGGCCUCCAAAGUGGCAUCUUAAAAGGCAUGAGAACUACCAUCAGAAUGAGUUUUUUGCUCCUCUCUGCCAUGAGUUAGAGCAGUAGUCUUCAACAUUUUCAGACUUAGAACCCACAUUUAACCAGGGUGGAUUUGAUUUAAAUCACUAGUCAGUAAGACUUGAUUUAAAUCAUUUUUUUUUACAGAAAGACUCAUUCUUGCUGGUAUAAUCUUAAUAUUUACAACCAGAUGAAGGUUUCAUUUUUGGAAUAAUAAAUUUCAGAGUAGUUUUUACACUUCUGUCAAAAAUUACUGAUUUGGUUAUACUGUUAGAAAUACAUAGACAGAUAAUUAUGAAAUUAUUGUGAGGUUUAAUAAGUUAACUGUUUAUAUUUGGACAACUUUUCUUCUGUACUUUAUUGGAAGGAGAAAAUAAUAUUUUCCUUAAUAACAAUUUAAACAAUUUAUUUAACUAAAACAAUAACAUUACAGCAUCGGUAUCCAUGUUUGUUAACUGAUGUGGUUAAAUGUUGUUGUUUUUUUAAAAAAAACUUAGGCUGAGUUUUAGCACACAUGAAAAACUUAAAACAAAUCCUUAUUUCCUGAUGAAUAGCCUUUGGACUAUAAUGUAACUUAGAUAGAAAACCAUCUUUAGAAAGAUUUUUCCUCCAAAAGCAUUUUAUUUUAAAAAUCCAAUUUAAAUUUAAAAAAAAUCAAAUUUAAAUUUAAAAAAUCUGAUUUUUUAAAAAAUCAUUGAUUUUUCUCCACCCUGCCUUUAACCCAAACAUGCAUUUUGCAAGCUAUUUAUUAUUGCCAUAUAUUAGUGUGGUGUAGUGCUUCUGUUGUCACCCAUCAUAGAUGAGUCUACAAACCAGUAGUGGGUCCUGCCCUACUAAUCAAAGACCAGUGAGUUAGAAGAAAUAUUUUCUGCUCACAACUUGCAGAGGAGGUGCUGGUUGGAUCUCACUUAUAAUUUAACACUCUGGUUGUGUAAAAGUUGUUGCUACAAAUUGAGAAUUUACUAAUAAGUGUAUGUAUAAAGAGGCAUGCUAACAGAUACCUGCAUACUUUCUUGAAAGUAAUCCUGUUGAACAUGGAGGCACAUUUGAGUAAAUACGCAUAGGAUAGUCUGUAUGACGGAUAACAUAACAACAUUCUGCAGAAGAUGUUCCAUUCUCUGUGUAUUUUGGUUAUAUGAAACUAUCAUUAACACCCAGAUCCUAAAUACACUGUUCAUUAUCCAGAUCUCCUUGAACUUUCAGAUGUGCUCAUAUUGCUCCUGGAUGAAAGGUUUUCUAUUUUCACUUAAAUGAAAGGGCACCUCUGCCAGCAUGUCCUUCUUAUUUGUGAACUGGAAUACCUGCGCCCUUAAGUAAUUGUUGAAUUGGGGCAGCAAACAUUAUACUUAUUUCUGUAGAAUUUCCUUAGAAUGGACUGAAGAUGUUUUAAAAUGAAGGUGUAAGGUGAUUUAUUUAUUUUUUUGCUUACUUUCACAGAAGCUAAUAUCCAACAAAAACUGGGCAGAAUUUAUAAUAAUGUUAAAGGACUCCAGCGACAAUUAAAACAUGUGAAGCCAACCCCAGAAUGUAAGUCUUUUCACUAAUGUUUUUGCUAGGAAAAAGAAAAUCCUUAUAAUUUGCCUGAAUAAUUGUGUUGCGGAUUGACACUUUCCCUGUGUUUUAGCUCUGAAAGGGUUUUCAUUAUGCACUUGGCUGAUAUUGGAUUAAACUGAACACAGUUGCAGCCCAGUUUACAAAGUCUGCAGUCCUCUGCUCACAUACUAGGGACUUAAUCUAAUGGAAGUCAGUGAGACUUAUUUCUGAGGAAACCUUCAUUAUAUCAUGCUGAAGGUCUCUUCUGUGUUGGCCUGCAACGUAUAAGAGCAGGGAUCUGCCAAACUGCUGUUAUUCAAUGAACGUUAAUUCUGCUUUAGCUGUGAUAGGUGGAAGUGUCAUUUCGUUAUGUGAUCAAGCUCACUUGUUUGUGCGGUGGUAAUAAUAAUAAUAAUAAUAAUAUAUUGUACCCCACCCAUCUUACUAGAACUGGAUUAUUAUAGAUCUAUUCCUGACAUAAAUUCACUAGGUACCUGUUGAAGGAUAUUUGGAACUGUAGAUGAUGUUUGCAUUAGCAGAAAUGGCCUGGUUUUAUCUCAUUUCCCUUUUCUUUAAAUUUGGUUAUUUUACAAUGUGUUAGUAUUUUUAAAGCAUCUGCUGUGAGCAAACCUCUCUAUCUUAAUAUAUAAACAUAACUUUCUCUCUAUUUUGUAGUUGUUGACAGACUCAGAGAAAUGAUGGAAGACGCUGAAAUCUCAAUAAAUGCUUUUAAAGAAGAACAGCGACAAAAGUAUUUUAUUUUUAUUUAAAGCAUUAAUAUCCUGACUGUUUUUGAUAGAGCUAAGGUGGUUAAUAGCAAAGUUAAAUCAACAUAACAACACUAGAAGCAGAACAGAGAAUAAAAAGUAACUACUAAGUUUCUAGCAGUUAAAAGUUGUUCAGUUUAACAUUUAUGGGUUGAAAUCCGGUCCUUAAAAGGAAGGUUUUAGCAAUUUAAGCCUUUUUAAAAUGGUUUUAGCAAGCCACUUAAAAAGGGGCAUGGUGUAAGUCCUUUUGGAGAGAGUUCCAGAGUCUGGGCACAGCUACCAUGAAAGCCCUCUUAUCUUGUAGAUCAUAUGCUCUGGUUUUAAAUCUGAUAGUUGUUAUACUAGAAGAGCCUUUCCCAACCUGGUGCCCUUUAGAUGUUUUUGACGACAUUUCUCAUCAGCCUCAGCCAGCAUGGCCAAUGAUGAAGUAUUAUGAGAACUUUACUUAAGAAGAGGCAUAGGCAAACUCCGGCCCUCCAGACGUUUGGGACUACAAUUCCCAUCAUCCCUAGCUAACAGGACCAGUGGUCAGGGAUGACAGUAUUUCCCAAUUUUCAGGAAUGCAUGCCGCCCUACAUCUACAUAGACAAGAGAGUGUUUAUAUGACCUUUUGGCAUAAAUACUGUCUGAAAACUUACUAUUCCAACGUUUUGCUUCCACUGUCAGGCUCCAAUUGUUGAAUACAUCCAAUAAUGUAGGCAUCCUCAGUGGGAUUUUUGACUUUGAUCAGCUUGCCUUCCAAAACUACAGUGGUGCCCCGCAAGACGAAUGCCUCGCAAGACGGAAAACCCGCUAGACGAAAGGGUUUUCCGUUUUUGAGUUGCUUCGCAGGACGAAUUUCCCUAUGGGCUUGCUUCGCAAGACGAAAAUGUUUUGCGAGUCUUGAGAUUUUUUUUCCGCUCCCCCCCCUUAUCUAAGCCGCUAAGCCUUUAAUAGCCUUUUAGCAGCUAAUCCGCUAAGCCGAUAAGCCUUUAAUAGCCGCUAAACCGCUAAUAGCGCUAAUCCAUUAAGCUGCUAAUAGGGUUGCUUCGCAAGACGAAAAAAUCGCUAGACGAAGACACUCGUGGAACGGAUUAAUUUCGUCUUGCGAGGCACCACUGUACUUUUACAAAUCUACUCAGUUUCAAACAUAUUUUUCCAGGCAAGCAUGGUUGGUACUAGUCACAUAGUUAUCCAGAUCUUACUGUCUUUAGGAUUGUUGGAUAGUUAUUUUGCUAAUUGUUAAUGGUUUAUUAAUUAUGCUUUUAUUUAAGAUAUGAGGAGCUUCUGAGAGAGGAGAAGACAGCUACUAAUGAGAUUAAUGCAUUGGAGAAAAAAAUUGAGCUCUGGGCAUUAGGUACUUCAGCAACAGGAAAUACGCCUAAACAAGGCAUGCUUGUAGUGGAUAAAAAGACACAAAAUCACCUGCCUCCUGGAGUAGUUGAGCUUGAUAAAUUCCUUCAACAGACAGGGGGCAAGCAAGGAGGUUGGGAUGUAUAUGAUCACCAAGAAUUUUUGAAAUUGUGGACAAAGCAUAAAGGAAAACCAUCGUACAUUGAUGAAGUCCUUGAUCAUCUUCCUGACAGAACAAGGGAAGAUAUUCUGCAGCAUGAGAAAUGGUAUCAAGAAUUUCUGAUUUUAGAAGCACAAAAAAAGGAGGUGAGAUAAUGUUGCUAAUUAGCGUUUGCCAUUUUAACAACUUUGUGUCAAAAACAAUGGGACAGUUCACCCUCUUUUCUUCAUCUCUAGCUCUGCUGCUAUGGCUUUCUUUUCCUUUGCUGGUAAGCAGGACAUGCUAAAGGUAAAGGGAUCCCUGACCAUUAGGUCCAGUCGUGGCCGACUCUGGGGUUGCGGUGCUCAUCUCGCUUUAUUGGCCGAGGGAGCCAGCGUACAGCUUCCGGGUCACGUGGCCAGCAUGACUAAGCCGCUUCUGGCGAACCAGAGUAGUGCACGGAAACGCCGUUUACCUUCCCACCGGAGCGGUACCUAUUUAUCUACUUGCACUUUGACGUGCUUUCGAACUGCUAGGUUGGCAGGAGCAGGGACCGAGCAACGGGAGCUCACCCUGUCGCGGGGAUUUGAACCGCCAACCUUCUGAUCAGCAAGUCCUAGGCUCUGUGGUUGACAUGCUACUUUUUAAAUAUUCAGUAGGUGGUAGUAUUCUGUCAUUUUAUCCAGAAGAAAACAGUAUUGUGCCUUUGAGAGAAAAACGUGUCCUUCAUAGUGUUUUGUACAGGGCUACUCCUCCCACCUUGCAAACUUUAUUGUUCAAUACCUCGGCUUUGUACUAUCAGAGGGCAUAACUUUGCAGCCUUAGACACACACUUAGUUGCUUCUCUAAUCACCAGCUGUAUUGGUAUUGACCUGGAGUCACUGUGGCCAUCACUAAGCCACUUCCUAGCUUCUUUUGACUUACCCCACCUUCUGGUUGUGAGUGCCCACUCCAUAGCUACCACCACUCUAUUUUUCUGUUCUCUCCUUAGGACCCCUUGGCGUCAGCCCCUUCUCUAGAAAUUGAGUGAAAUAUGAAAGUUGCUAUUGCCCUCCACGAACAUAUCCCCAACAUCCGUCCGAGCCAGUCCAAUCAGGGAUGUGCCACUUCAUCCUAGUGGCCACUGACCCUAGUCUUAAUUAUUUAUAAAAACAGUUUGUUUUUUUAAAGAACCCAGAUACUCUGUCAAUUAAAAAAAUUAAAGAUUGCUAAAAAUAUUGUUUCGUCCAAGGAUUACAUGCCCAGGUUUUUGGGUAACAAAAUUGUAAUCCUGAUCAUUUCCUGAACAGUUUACAAAGUAAGGGUCAGUCUGUACAUUACUUUCACUGCAUAGAGGCUUCAUUACAUGGUAGUUUUUAAUUUGUGGGGAACAGCUUAGGAUACAGGUGUGGCAUUUUUUGCCAUACUAGUACAUACCUUUUCUUUCUGGAAUUUUGUGCUGGCAAACAUAAUCUGAAAUCUCUUAAAUUGCAGUGGAAUUUAGGCAAUAGGUCUAAGCAGGUAACUUGGGAAUAAGUAUGUGUGGCGUUCGUACGGAGCCCCCGGUCGUCUCACGGACUAUUGUACACCACUAAUCUGCUGCCACCAACCAGGUCCUCCCUGGUAAAAUCACUUCAGUCUCAGUCAGCUUUUCAAUUAAUAAAGAAGAGUGUAUUUUAUUUCAGACACAAACAAAACUUUUACAGCAUUCCAAACAUUGUUGCUCUUUACUUUGUUAGUCUUAUUUUCCUCUCUCUAUCUCUUUUAUCUCCCCACACUCAAGAACCCACUGCCCUAACUGUCUCUCUAUUCACAACUGCCUUUUCCAACUGCCUUUCCCAACCAGCCAACCCACUAAAACCAACCAACUGCCCACCAACAACUCCUAAUGAACUCCCCCCAGAACUCCUCCCAGAACUAGUUUUAUAGACCCACUGACUCCACUUCCCUGGGUCCUGUCUGUGCAACCUAUUUAACUAUUUCCCCUCCAGCACUCUCUCAUAUAUGUUAAUGUCACAGUAUGGAGUUACUCAUUCUGCCUGAACCUUGUGUUAAAGCCCAACUGCUGCUGCUUCUUUGCAGAUUUGAAUGAGAAGGGAGUAGUUUGCCAUAGAGAAGCUUUAGGUAGGUAGAUGAAACUUAUUUUUCCCACAAUAUGGGGCUUCCCCAUAGCUGGCAAGAAAAUAGUUGGGUUUUGUGUGUGUGUGUGUGGAAUUGUGAUGUUGAUUUGGGAAGUGGCAACUAAAAGGAUUAAAUGCCUCCUCCCACCCAAAGUUCUUCCCUGCAAAUUGUGCCUGCUUGGCCCAGAUUUCCAUAGGAGAAUCGAUGACUAGGCCAAUGAUUUUCAACCAGUGUACCGUGGCACCCAGGGGUGCCUUGAAUGAUGAUCAGGGGUGCCACAGGCAACACUGGCCUCUGUCCCUCUUUUGUCUCUGCCUCCCAAAGGCUUGCACAGCUGUUUGUUGCAGGAGCCAAGGCUACAAUGUGCUCCGCAGGCAAAUGGUGCCUCUGGGGCUGGCCAGGGGGUGCUGGUUGCCAGGAGCUGAGGUGGCCUUGGAGUAAGCAAGGAAGCAAGCAGUUAAGGGAGCCCAGGCAGCCAGCCUGCCAUCCCUUGCUGUUGGGAAUAGACAGACAAGCCCCAGGUCCCUAUGGGGCAGUGUGAGGAGGCACCUCUCUUUGGGGCAGGAGGGGCAGCUCAGAGACCCGGGUGGCAGCUGCAACUGCCCAGAGGACUCACAAGGAGAAGGGAGAGGAGAGGAGGCUGAGGGAACACUCCACAAGGGAGGAUGAGAGGCUGCCAGCUCUGUAGGCAAGGGGUAACAUCACAGGGCUCCUGAGCCCCACAUGGGGGGCUGCGCUGCAGAAAUAAUGUAGUCGGUUAAGGGAGCUGUGGAGUUGAAAAGGUUGAAAACCUCUGGACUAGGCAUUAAAGAAGUUGGGGCAAAACCUGUAAUUUGCCUUAAGUUAAAUGCCAAAGGCAUGAAUGAGUCAAUGCCAGCUACAUUAUGGCAGCCCUGUUUAAAUCAAGAAGACAACAACAGUGAAGUGGGUUACAGAACUGCCUCUUAUAUGGCAAGGCUUUAUACAGACUGGUUAAGUAAAUACUACAGUAAGCCCACAACUUACUCAGGAGUUAUGUUCCGGGGAUUGCAUCUAAAGCCAAAAUUACAUUGAGUUCAGUGGCAGAUGGGAUUGCCGAAGUCAUUUUAUUGGAACCCCGCCUCCUUUUCACCCCCUUUAAUUUUUUUCAAAAAUAUUUGCCACAUAAAGCUGAAUAUGCACAGGUUAAAUGCGCAUAAAUUGCAAGCUUCCUUUAUUGGCAUUUGAUGCGGAGGGUUCAAAGCAUUGUUAAGUGGUUUGUUGAGGAAAAUCUCAUAAGAUUCUGUUAAGAAACCACACCUACUUUUUCACUCUACAUGAAAAAUAGCCAAGUUCCUAAUUGACAUGAGUUUCUAAUAGUAAGGAUUUUGAAAUAUAUUGUUCAUUUUUGAUAGCCCUCAGAAAGCUGGAACUAAUGUGACAAUAUAAUCUGCUUUAAUUGGUCUGUUCUAGUCCAUUCAAGAAUGGAAGAUAAAAAAGCUACAAGAGAGAGAGAAAAUCUUAGCCCAGAAGAAGAAGAAGCCAGAGGAAGGGCUCACUACAGCUAUACUACAGCAUGCAGCAGCCCAGAAGCAAAAAGUUGAAGAGGAAAGGAAAAAACGACUGAAAGAACUUGAAUUGUGGAAAAGGCAAAAAGCAAUAGAAUAUUCAAUGAAACAGGCUGCUCAGCUACAAGCAGAGGAAGAGAAGGAGAAGAAAAAGCAGAAGGAACGGCAGCGGCAAUGUCAUAUAAAGUUGCUGUUGGAAGACUAUAGUAGGCAGAAAAAGGAGGAGGAAGAGCUUUUGAGAUUUGAGAAGAAAAAGAGAGAGGAAGCUGAAAGGGAAGAGAAGAGAAGAAUUGCUGCAGAAGAAAUUCUUAAGUUCCAAGAGCGAGUGAGUAUUGAUCUCCUGCAUAUUUACUUCACAUUCCUCCUUGUGUAGCAAAACAGAACAAAGAUACCAAAAUACAUGGUAUCAAAAUGCACGACAAGUUUCUUAGCAAUACAUGUUGAUCUUUACACCUGCAUUUAAUUGGUGCUGUCUGUGGUGCAGCAACAAGUCCCAUUGCUUACUAUUACAGGUUUAUCUCUUUGCCCAGGUAUCUCUUUGCCCAGGGUGAAUAAGAAUUGAGACAAACGUGUGAGCGUUCAAUUGCUGUAUAACACUGGAACCAAUACUUGGAGCUGCAUGUCUCCUCCUCCCGGAAAAGGGAGAAGGACUAGCUACAUGUGCGGUUUCCAAAGCAUACACCCUCCACCUUCAAGGCUGCAUGCUGGGUUCCUUCCUCCUCCCCGGGCAACGUUCUUCAAGUGGGCAGAGAGAAAAGCAAUGGGUGAGACAAAUAAUUCCAAAGCUUUGCAUUGGAAAUAUGUGCCCCAAUUGGCCCUCUCUCUCUGCAGGAGUGGGAAAUGGAGAGAAAGAAAUGCAAGUAUACUGUGGCCAGUUUGUUAUCUGUACUUUCUCUGUUAGAGAGGUGGUAGUAGUAGUAGUAGCAGAAAUAGAUAGAUAGAUAGAUAGAUAGAUAGAUAGAUAUUACUUAUACCCUGCCCAUCUGGCUGGGUUUCCCAAGAUGACAGUGCUGGCUGAUAUUUCCCUCUCCCCUUGAUGUGGGUUGGAGAAAGAGAAUAUUUCUGUAUUUUAUCUCUGAAAUGUAUUUGUCACCCUUCAGAUAAUUGACACUUAUUGGGCAGUUACAAAACAGUAAAAGAAAAGUGAGUAUUUUUCUUGGGGAAGCUAAGAAUUGGAUUCAGGCAAGGCAAAUGUGUAUCCUACUCCUGCUGUUGUUAAACUGGCUGAGUCUUGCCCCCUCACCCCUCAAAGAGACCUCAUGGUUGGUUGGUUGGUUGGUUGGUUUGUGUCAGAAAGUUUACAUACCAUUUGCUUGUAAGUAUGCCUCUAAGUGGUUUACAGAAGUAUAAAAUAAAUAAAAUUAUCAUUAAAAACAGUUGUUUAAAAUACUUAAAAGAUUGUUAAAAUCAACAGUACCUAAAAGAAAUAAAACACAUGUAACUUCUACAUGUCUGGAUAGGCUCACUGAAACAAAAAUGUUUUAAGCGGCUGCUAAAAAGAGUCAGUGAAGAUGCCUGCCUGACGUCAGUAGGUACAGAGUUCCAAAGUAGGUGGUGCACUUUGCACAAGAACCAACUGCCCUGCAGCAGGGGAGCUAAAAAUGGUUCAUAACAGCCACCUCUUCUAAUAGCAUGUUUUACUCUCUUAAUAGUAUGUUCUUGUUCUUACUGAUCUAAUUAAUGUAAGCCGCCCCGGGAGCCUUGUUGGUUGAAGAGGGAAUAGAAAUAGUUUUAAGUAAAUAAACAUUACAAAAACCAAGAUAUUCUAAGAUAAAGGUCGCUGCAUAAAAUAACUAAAACCUCUAAAAGUUGGGUAUGUUUAAAAGAGUGGAAAAAUAAAAGCUUGUUUGACUAGUGCUAAAAUGAGGACAAAGUGGGUGCCAGGCAAGCCUUCCUGCGGGGAGAACAUUCUGCAACUCAGAUUCCACCCCCAAAAAGGAACCCCUGUCUCUGCCUGCCUUACUUCCAAAGCCUGUGACGUCUGGAAAAGAGUCUCUAGAGUAGAUAUCAUAAUGUAUGCAGAUUAAUUGAGCAGAUACAACCAUGCAGAUCCCAAAAGAUGUGCACCAGCGCGCAGAGUUAAGCCUGGAAGGGAACAGUGACCCAUUGAGGAUGUGGAGAAAGCACAGUGCUUAAUGGCAGCUUGACAUUCAUGAUCUUCUAGGACUUGGGGAGGGAAGUUUCUAUAAAUGAAAAUAACUCCCUCCCUGUGUCCUCUGGGGAAUAAAUAGUGCAAAAGUGGGAAAGGUCAGGCAAGGGUAUGAAGGAUGGGGGGGGGGUGAACUCCCACCCUGAUUAUUUGUAAGGUUAACUUAGCAGAGGGCUUUGUGUACUAACUUUCACUGAACGUUGCUCCCAAAAAGAGUUGGUUGAUCUUGGUUAUUUAAACACUGUUGCAUAAGAAGAUGCUUUGUUUUGCUUGAAAAUUAGUACUAUUAAUUCUAAAGAGAUUUUUUCCCACUGUAUUUUAUUCUUUCGCUGUAUUUUAUUCAGGAUUUAUCUAAAGUUGUGUUUAAGAUUCAAGAAAAACAGGCAAAGGAAGACGAAAAAAUAGAAAAAGAAAGAAGAUUGAGAGAAAAGUUGAGAGAGAAGGUAAUACAUGAAUUUGUCAUGCAGCUCAUCAUAAUCCAUUUGUUCACACUAACACCCCAUUUCACACACCACCCAUUCCCUCCUCCCAUUGACUCCAUUCGAAAUUUCCCAUCCAUACACCACCACAUGCAAAUUGCAGCAGCUGAGAGCUGAACUUGGAUCAGGACGAGGUAUUGGGGACCUUGACACGCCUCUUCCAGCAAUGAUCCUAAACCAUAUUAAACCCUUGAUACCUGUAGUUUGCAUUGCUGAAAAAGGAAUGAAUGGAUCAUUUUUGGUAGUAUAGUCAGGAGGCAUUGGUGGUCUGAUCUGCUGUAGAGAGUGGAGAACUUUAAAGCUUUGCCUACCUUGAUGGCCCUGAUCUGACUCAGGGAGGAUUCUCCCCUUAGAAUUUUUUAUUUUUAACUGAAAACCUUAGGGGUUCCCCCUUGAAAAUGCUGAUUCUUCUUCAGUUCCAUUUUUGUUAGAACUCACAUUAAAUAUUUGUUUUAAUCACAAAGUGAGUCCAAGGUAAAACAACAACAACGGACGGCUGCAUUUUGGCUUCUACAUAAUAGCUACUGUUUGCAGUUGCCUUUUAGGAUGAUUUUUAAAGUUUUCACUGUCAACAGGUUGGAAUGAAUGUACCUCGAGACCCACGUAGGCUGUUGAAGCCUACAAAAGUUUGGGAAGAACGAACGAAAGAGAUUGGACCAGAAGGUUCCGGGCCACUUCUGCAUAUUCCGCACAGGUAAGGAAACAAAAGCUAUUUGUAUGUUUUAAUGUAAUUCAUCCCAGAAUGUUUACCCAUCUUUAUUUUUACAGGGCUGUCCCAAGCUGGCGACAAGGACAAUAGUUGGUUGGCUGCACAGUUUUAUUAGAAGAUAAGCAAAGCAUGUAUAAAUUUCCUGAAUAAUUGUUUUCCUAUUCCUGUUAUUGUUUUUGUAAGACUUUAUUAUGUAAUAAAUGAUGUAUGUUUUAUAUAGGGUAUGAAUUUAUGUAAAUUUGCAUUCUAUGUCAUGUAUAUUUUAUCUUUUAUUUAACAUCCUUAUGUAGAUUACACCAAAAAUUACUAGUAAAAUGUGUAAAAAUGCGCUGUUUCUUACUUUAUUUGAAUUUUCUUAUUUCCCCC